GGCCAUCGACCUGCCCUCCCCCUAAACACCAUCAAUACAGUGUUGGAAUAUGUUGUAAAUUUUGCAAACGUAUGGUGGAAGGACAAAAGCAGGCGACAAAACAGUGCAAAUCCCUGCUAAAUACCGUGACGCACAUCGCUGACCGCCCGUUCUCAGUUUCCCGCACCGGUCGGCCAAUCGGAACGGGAGCAAAACUAGCAAAGUUCGAUCGAUCCGUCGAACCGUCAGCACCUUUGCACACCGAUGCGGAUGCAUUGACACGGAGGAGUAAUUACGCCUUUUUCUGUGAUUGAGAGUUUCUCUUGAAGGCAGCGAAUAAAAACACGUACAGCUGUGUUGUGCCUGUUUGUGGUGCCGUUUGCAGGAAGAACCAGGCGAAGCAAUAGAUCUCUUCAACCCGCUGGAACCAUUGGCUCAGCGGAACCUUCCAUUCCCCCCCUCCAGAAAUUGGAUGUUGAUCAAGUGAAAAACGGCUGCUGAAAUCACAGGAGUAAGUAGACCCCCACCUCUCCCCGAGGCGAGAAGGAAGGAGGGAAAAGUGAGCGUUGAAACAAAGUAGGUCUUGGAGGAUGGGUAGUAUGAGGCGGCAGUGCGGACUAUGUACUUGGUCGUCAUAAUACACCGAGUGGCCUGGGCUCCAUUCGCCUCAGCAGGAAGCAUUUGCCUGAUUGAAUUACUCAUGUCGAUAAAAUCGUUAUUUGUUGUUGUUGUUUCGCCUGUGGCCUUGAAGAAAGUCACUGUGUGCAGUUUUGUGCAAAGGAAAAUGUGAGGGGUGGAGGUGGGCGGAGAAUGAAGGAGAAGCAAGAAAAACAACAAACGGUGUGAAUAUUUUCACACAGAAAAAUACUUCUACUGCCCAGUAGAAAGCUGCAAUUAACUACCGCGUACGUAUUGGUGGAUGAUACAUACACACAAAGGCGCGCCACCCACCAUCACCACCCUCUGCCACUCUCUUCCGGGAAUGGGGGAGGCGGUAAUGGUGGUGGUGCUAUCAUUAUCGCCACAAUUGUUUGGUCAUUAGAAAAUUGUGCUGAAAUGCCUUUUUUGUUGCGUUAUGCGUUAUCAUAUUCCGUUUCUGUGUGUGGUGCGUGUUGAAAAUAUCGCCAUCCUCUUACUCAUCGUAGAGUGCGUAGACAAACAAAGCAAGCCAAGAGUAAGCGAGAUUUGAAUGGCGCUCAGAACGAAUGAUAAACGAUAUAUCACAUGCUGCAACGACCCACGACGCCAUCUGCCUUCAACUAUUGGCUCAUCCAUCGGAAUGAUGGUCUGCAAUAUUGAGCGCCGUCCCAAACAAAACUGAAUUAACCGAUAGAAGAAAGUGCGCCCACUCUGGUCCUGGUGCCCACUCUGGUCCUGGUGUGGCCUCUGCCCCGUGUUUCAUUUGUGCCCAUUUUCAUAAGCAGCACACACUAUUUAGAACUGGCUGGCAUGUACCACACACAACAAAGGGGAGCCUUAUCAGUAGAAUGCAAAUUCGCCACGGCACCGGAUGUGUGUGGUGGAACAAUUUUACGUUCUGUAUAGAAACAGAAAGGUAAAACUAUGAAUGAGAAGGGAGGGAGGAGCACAGUACGCAGUACUUGCUCGAAACCAAACCGGCCGCGGAUCAGAAUAUUCCCACCGGUUGAAACGUUAGCUUGGUUUCUGUCGCCUUACCACGCACCAGUUGCACUAACUUUAGCAAACUUUUAAGUAAAACAUACUCACAAUUUGCUCAAAAAGUCCCCUCAAUAUGAGCUUCAUCAGUAAUGUAUCACGAAAGCUUUACGAUGGUUUCGAUCAAACCUACGAGAAAAUAUUCAUCAUGUCGGCCGGACCGUAUAAUUAUUCGUAUAUCUUCAAGUACAUCAUAAUCGGCGAUAUGGGAGUCGGCAAAAGCUGCCUGCUGCAUCAGUUCACAGAGAAGAAGUUUAUGGCCAGCUGUCCGCAUACGAUCGGUGUCGAGUUCGGGACGCGCAUCAUCGAGGUUGAUAAGCAAAAAAUUAAGCUGCAAAUAUGGGACACGGCCGGGCAGGAGCGGUUCCGGGCGGUGACACGAUCGUACUACCGUGGUGCUGCCGGUGCACUGAUGGUUUAUGACAUUACGCGACGGUCAACCUACAAUCACCUGUCCAGCUGGCUGACCGAUACGCGCAAUCUAACGAAUCCCAGCACUGUGAUAUUUCUCAUCGGCAACAAAUCGGACCUCGAAAGUACCCGCGAGGUGACGUACGAGGAGGCGAAAAACUUUGCCGACGAGCAUGGCCUGCUGUUUGCGGAAGCGAGCGCAAUGACUGGCCAAAACGUGGAGGAAGCAUUUCUAGAAACGGCCCGAAAGAUCUACCAAAGCAUCAAGGACGGGCGGCUCGAUCUGAACUCGUCCGAAACGGGCGUGCAGCAUAAGCCGGCCCAACCCGGCCGAACCACGCUCAGCAACGAUGCACAGACGAACAAGGAAAAUUGCUCCUGCUAGGAGGUACAUCGGGAGUUCCAUUGCCGGGUUGGCGCGGGUGCGUGUGUGAGUGGCAACGAUUUUUACCCCGUUUCACAGAGCGGGAAGUGAGUGAAGGAGGAACCUACCGUUCGAAACGAAACUACAAGUUGCGUUUCGUGUUAGGGCAAAGUGUCUGUGUGUGUGUGCUUCUUCAAGCAAGCAUAUAAUUAGGACCCUUAAUGCGAAAUUGCGCCAAACGAUUUUUUUCUUCUAUAGUUUGAAGCAAAUUCUAAAGAUAAACCCAGAAACCCCGCUUCCAGUUCCAGUAAUUUGUGAGAUCGAGUUUGAUAGGCCUACGGCAAUUUUUCGUUUGUUACUAUUCCAUACACAUCCCUGCCCUGCAAUGCUAGGCUCUGCAACAUUCGAAACAGAAUAUCUUUAACCUUUCCCUGCAAUUUUUGUUAAGUUAAUUUGUUGUUAAUAGUUUACUGAUUGUGAAGAUCAAACGAGCAGCAGCAGGAACGGAACGAACCGCUUCAAACAACUAGCGUGUGUUGUAGGUACUCUACUGCUAACCCCCAGGCACGGCGGAGAGCCGAUUUUUAAGUGAUGAAAGGAUUAAGUAUACCCAAUUUAGUUGAUCGAUAAGAAAUGUAUUUUAUUGUACGCAAAUAUAGUAAGCAAAAGGGAGUUUUAUUUAUGUUUCCCCGCAGUUUUA